UUAAUAAAUGAACAGCACAAAUUCCUUACUAAUCUCAUUAGCUAUGAAUCAGCAUGAAUUUUAAUAUAAUCCAAUUAACUGGGAGCUAUUUAGUGGAUUGGCUGGAAAUUAAUGUCAUUUUUUUUCUGGUGAUGACAGCUGGAAUGUAGUCAUUUAGAAUGAACUUGACGGUAACUUCCAUAGCUGAAAGCUCCACAAAACAACUCAUCAAACUCAAUUGCCUUCUUUCAAACUUUAUUCAUUCCCACCAAUUCUUGAAUGCACUCCACCUCUUCUACCAAAUACACUCUUCCCAUCAUCUUCAACCAGAUCAUUACACCCUUUCGACUACCCUCACUGCCUGUGCCAACAUCGUCCACACUGGCUUCGGCAACCAGCUCCACGCCUUCGCCAUUAAAUCAGGGCUUAAAGAAUACCCUCAUGUAUCAAAUUCUCUUCUUUCAUCCUACGCCAAGUCAAAAGAUUUGGGUUCGGUUAAAAGGGUGUUUAAGGAAAUUGAAACCCCAGAUGUUUAUUCUUGGACUACGUUGUUGUCGGCGUGUUCUAAAUUAGGGGAUAUUGAUUAUGCCUGUCAAGUGUUUGAUGAAAUGCCGCAGAGAAAUUUGGCUGUUUGGAAUGCGAUGAUUACGGGGUGUGCUGAAAGUGGGUGUCACUGGAUUGCUUUGAAUUUGUUUCAAAGAAUGCAUUUUUUGGGUGUUGGAUGUGAUUACUAUGCGUUUACGAGUGUAUUGAGUUUGUGUAAUAUGGAGUUAUUGGAUUUUGGAAAACAAGUGCAUUCGAUGGUUGUCAAGACUGGGUUUUUGGCUAGAGCUUCAGUGAUUAAUGCUUUGGUUACAAUGUAUUUUAACUGUAAGAAUGAUUUUGAUGCUUUUCGAGUGUUUGAAGAAGCUGGGGAUGAAGUUCCUGAUCCUGUAACUUAUAAUGCAAUUAUCGCUGGGUUAGUGAGUAUGGAAAGAGUUGACGAAGUGUUAAUAAUGUUUAAGGAUAUGCAAAAGUUUUCGUUGAGACCUACCGAGCUUACUUUUAUGAGCAUAAUGAGUUCAUGUUCAUGUAUUAGAAUUGCUUCUCAGCUUCAUGCUCAAGUUGCUAGAAUAGGUUUAGAAAACUAUACGUCUAUUACUAAUGCAACAAUAACCAUGUAUACCAGUUGCGGGGACUUGAAUGCAGCCUUUUUAGUUUUUGAAAGACUAAAGGUGAAGGAUAGCGUGUCGUGGAAUGUCAUGAUUACGAGCUAUGCUCAAAAUUGUUUGGAUAGAGAAGCAAUUUCUACUUACAUGCAGAUGCAGAAGGAAGGGUUAAAGCCAGACGAAUUUACGAUAGGAAGCAUACUCGCAAGUUCAGAGUCUCCUGUGGUUGUUGAAAUAAUUUUGGGUGUUGUUUUAAAGAAUGCCCUUAUCUUGAAGACUGAAGUAUCUAAUGCACUGCUCUCUGCCUGCUGUAAGCAUGGCGAAAUGAAACAAGCUUAUCAAGUUUUUCAUGACAUGUUUCCUCGAAACAUGAUCUCUUGGAAUACAUUGAUUUCUGGUUGUCAUCUCAACGGACUACCCAUGGGGUGCUUGCAACUCUUCUCUGAGAUUGUUAGUGAAGAUUUGAUGCCUAAUCCCUUUACACUAAGCAUCAUUUUGAGUGUUUGUGCCAGCAUUUCAGCUCUACAACAAGGGAAGGAGAUUCACACUUACAUUCUCAAAUCUGGAUUAAUUUCAGAAGUAUCCUUAGGAAAUGCCCUCAUCACAUUGUAUGCAAAAUGUGGACUGUUGCAUUGGUCUAUAAAGGUGUUCCAGACUAUGAAACAAAAAGACAUAGUUUCUUGGAAUUCAAUUAUUACUGCCUAUGCACAGCAUGGGAAAGGCAAGGCAGCUGUACAUUGCUUUCAGAUGAUGCAAGAAUUAAAUGGAGUCAAACCAGAUAACGCUACCUUUAAUGCAGUUCUAUCAGCUUGCAGCCAUUCAGGCUUAAUCGAUAAAGGCAUUGAAGUUUUUACCUCUAUGGUUCAUACCUACAGUAAUGAGCCUACAGCAGACCACUUCUCUUGCAUUGUCGAUCUUCUAGGUCGGGCUGGUUAUCUUGAUGAGGCAGAAAAACUGGUAAAAGAUAGGCAUGUUAAUGUCGAUUCCAAUGUUUGGUGGACAUUAUUCAGUUCAUGUGCUGCUUAUGGCAAUGUUAGACUAGGCAGAAUUGCCGCGGGAUUUCUGCUUGAGACUGAGAAGAAUAACCCCACAGUGUAUGUGCUUUUAUCCAAUAUUUAUGCCAGUGCGGAGAACUGGGAGGACUCUGCUAAUGUGAGGAAAUUGAUGAAUAAAUGUGGAGUGUUAAAGCAACCAGGAAGAAGUUGGAUAGGAUCCUAACACGCAAUUUCAUCAGUGCUGGUUGUCUUGCUGUGAUUGGUUUCAAAUUUCAACUUUUCUUGGAAAACUUGAGAUUGCUCAUGGUCAAUGAAAGGUCUUAGGGUAUAAGGUAGUCUUAGUCCUACAUUUUCCACUUCAGCUCUCUGCCAGGCGUUCUGCGUUCCUUGCAAGUGCCAAUGACUCUCUAUCCCGCUCCACCAAUGAGCUCUUUCCUCUUCCUCCGUCUCCUCUUAUUAUAAAUUCUUUGAUGAUGUCUCAUUGGGGAAUAACUUGUUAACUGAAAAUGUUUUCUAGGAAGAAUUUUAAGGAAAUUUCUGCACUGUGGUUAGCACUCUAUGGAUCUACUUGAACUGGUGCAAUUGCUUGAUGUGAUUGCCAUACUAAAGGACAACUGAUCCCAUCAAAAGAGUCAAACUCAUAUCUUUGAAGAUCGAGGCAAACUAGCUAAACGUGAAAGAAUUCUGCAUACCCGACUAUAUUGUGGGAAAUAACAAGAAUAAAAACAUAGCAGCAGUAAAGAAGAAGAAAGAAGCACAGAGUUUUUUUCUAAAAAAAAAAAGAAGAAAAAAAGAAGAAGAAGAAGUGAAACAGAGAAGGAGAAGAAGGAAGAAGAAAGAAGAAGGAAGAAAAAUUACCUUAAAGAAGAAAAGUCACAACAACAAUAGAGAUUGGAGAAGAAGAGAAGAGGUUGCACUUGUAGCAGCCAGAAAAACUGAAGAAGAGAAGUAGCGAUAGCUAAACCUAGAAAACUGUGAUUUUUUUCUUUCAUUAAAUUGACCCAAUUUUUUUUUUAAUUUAAAAAUGGUCUAACA